UGUUAUGCUGAUCGGCCCAAACCUCUUCGAAACCGAUUCUCCCUCGACACAAAUGACACGACAUUCAUGAACUUUGAUAUACCGAACCACUUUGAAACCGUCCUUCCUGUCACUAAAGACCCAACUCUUAUGCUUCCUCGUCGAUCUUUAGCUCAUUCCUCUAUCGCAUCUCGACGUCUUAGUGCCGGCCUGUCUGGAGUCUCCGUCACUGGCCUAGUGGGCCUCGGUGGCAUUUCCACACUUCCUACCCUAGAGGCUGCUGCUAUCAGCUGUGGUAGCACAGCCACUGGUUCUGUUUCCGCAGCUACAGUUUCUCCUUGGACUUUGGCGGGUACCCUUUUUCAUCGUCACAAACCUGCUAAAUGGAUGCGUCUCGGUGUAUGUCUUUUGACCAGAGCAGCUCGUCUUAUCGGGCACAAGGGGUCUCCGAAUCAAAUACUUGCAUUCUUCCCUGUACCUGCUGCUGCGACACCUCCCGUUCAGUUAGACCUCAAGGCCUCAGCUGACGCCACCACCGUUUCCUCGCUUACAAACUCUCUCUCUGGAACCAACGGAUCGCCAAACCACUCUACGAGUUUCCCAUCCUCUUCCGCCAGUAUCAGCAUCCAAACCACACCUCCCACCGUCCAUUUUAUGCCCACUACACAUCCCUCGCUUGUUGUUUUUUUGGUUGGAGCGGUAGGCGUCUACGCUGGCCGAGACAGUGGCAAGGAACAUGUUAUCAAGGUGACCCAUCCGCAACAGGGCACGACUGUUCUGGCAGCUGAGAGCAUGGAGCAGGCAAUGACCUGGAUCGAGCAAAUCAAUCUGUACGCACGGGGUUUUACGCCAACCCAAACUGUCUGUUUUCUCGAACUAUCUUCUGGCAACGCAGCUGUCUCAUCAGGUCAGGCUGGAUAUUUCAGAUCCAACAGCCACAUUAACAGUAGCGCGAGCGCUAGUGGAGUAUUCUCAUCACCUUCUACAGCUGCUUCUCCUAUGUUUGCAUCAUCAUCACUUUUAGCUGCGACCACCAACAAUUUAUCUGAGUCUAUUCCAGUUACUUCCAUCCACUCGGCCCCGCCUGCUGGACAAUCGUAUCAACUUGUCACGCCCCAGACCUCCCCUGCAGGACAGGCACCUAACCCGAAUCCAGGUGCAGGACCUACAGACGUUCCUUCUUCGGCAAGUAGCUCAAUAAUUUCCGGCCAAUUAAAUCUAAAUCAGCAGCAGUUGUCUAAUUGUUUGGCGGGCAAUUCACCAACUCUGGAAUCUUUUUCUCCUCAUCUCGCCUCAUCUGUCAGUUGUCGUGACCAGCACUACCAGUUCAUUUCACCAUAA